UAAAGAUUAAGACCGGGAUAGGGCCGAGAACAGCGAACUGAAAAGAAUGCGAGAAUGCUUAUUGCGUCUGCUCAAAUAGUUUGUGAUUGUGUUAUGCCUGAGUAACUUUAAUCUACUUGUUAGUAUUCCGCACGUUUUGAAUUCUAGGUUCUGCAACAAUUACCGGUUUCAUGUGGAUAGGUUCGUCAUCAAGAGAUGUUUUUGGCAUUGUUCUUCAGGUUGUUACUCCAUUUCACAUGUGGAGCAGCUGAAAUUCAAGAUGGCCAAGCUCCACUGAUGAUUGUGUCCUUGGAUGGAAUGGAUUGGCGAGUGUUGAAGAGUCAGUUUGCUGUUACUGCUAAUUUGGACUUCAUCGCACAAACGGGAGUUAAAGCCGAAUACAUAAAGAACAUUGUACCUUCCAACACAUGGCCAAAUCAUCACACUUUUCUGACUGGUCUCUACUCGGAGAGCCACGGGAUUGUGUCGAACAUAUUCUGGGAUCCAGUGUUCGAAGAGAAAUUUAUAUUCGGCUACGACUGUUCAAACAUUGAUCCCAAGUUCUACAACGAAGCGGAGCCAAUAUGGCUGACAUUACAAAAGCAAGGCGGACGCAGUGGUUCAUAUUUUUGGCCUGCAACUACCAGCUACUCUGUAAAACCGACCUUCUACGAAAAAGAACUCUGUCUUGUCAACUGUAGUGCAAUAAACCCCAAAGAGCUUCCAAUGUAUAGAAAUAGAACUUUACCAGGUUUUCCACCCUACGUCCAUUGCGCGUUUGACCUGAGACGCAAUUUUUCAGUUCGAGUCGAUAAGGUGGUGGAAUGGCUUCGUUCUGACCAACCACCGCAUUUUAUUUCUCUCUACUUUGGAGCGAUAGACACUACGGGUCACUUGCAUGGGCCGUUCUCGCAAGAAUACAAGAGUAUGGUGGAAAAUGUUGAUGUGAAUGCUGUGGGGUUCUUACUAAAGCGAUUAAAUGAAACUGAUUUUCUGCGCAAAGUCAACUUGAUAAUAGUAAGUGAUCAUGGAAUGGAUAACACGUCAGCAAGUCGUCAGAUAUACUUGGAAGAUUUCAUUGAUUCUUCGACUUACACGUUGACUGAGAAAGGUCCUUUAGUUCAUAUGUGGCCUCAUCCUGGAAUGAUGGAGGAAAUCUACCAAAACCUAACAAGAAAUCAAAUACCACAUGUCCGUCGAGUGUUCAGGAAAGAAGACAUUCCCGUUGAGUAUCACUGGAAAAAUAACCGACGAAUUCCACCGAUCUUUAUUGAUCCUGAAGUUGGCUGGGUCAUAACAAGCUCCAGAAGUGAUCCACCGCCAGGAUUAGGAGAACACGGCUGGCCAUAUAUCGGCCAAUCCUCUGAUUUGCCUGGCUUAUCGCAAGGAAAUGACAGAAAUGAAUUAGAAAAAGACAUUGAUGUGCUUAACAGCCGAAUUAGUUCUCUUGAAAGCUUCACCGGCAUUAGAUUUGUCGAAAACAUUGUUAGUGUUCUUUCGAAGACAGACAGUACUACAGUGCUUCUUCGUGGAAUGUCGGGAACUUGUCAACGGAUUUCAUUUGCAGUAGAAUUCGAGGUAAAAGAGGAUGAAAAGAUGGAUAAUACAUUCAGUCCUGAAAAUGAAGAUGUUGAACGUUUGGAAGACAACAGUGCAGUAGUAACCAGACUGAAAGUAAGUGUCACAGAUCCUCUUGCAGAACAAGAACUUUCAAACUUUAUUAAAACAGUAGAAGGAGAGAGGGCCCUACAGCCAUUCUUUAGUGGACUUAUACAGUAUGCUGAGUGGCACAGUCAUAGGCAGAGAACGUUUGAUCACUUUAUAACAAAGUACCCUGAAACUGUUCACUUGAUUGGUCUGACUACAAGAAGUCAAUCUAUUCAACUGCACAACAAAAGCAAGCCAGGACUUGUCUUUACAGUUCAUUGGAGACUUGAUAUAAGUGACUCUGGCCGUGUUGUACCAGAUCUUCAAAUUCAUGCUUCAGCACCAUCAAAAGAGACUGGGCAGACAGAUAGAUCUGCGUUACUUAGGAGUGUACCACAACAGUUUCAAAAAGUUUUGCCUAUUCUUGGAAUAGAACAAGCCAUUGAAGUGGUGAUUGGAAUGCUCUGUAGAUAAUCCACUGAAUCUUCAAAUGACAGCUGUUCUCUGUAAGAGCUUAGAAAAGGAUUUCAGCUUUUACUUGUAAGAUAAUGUAUCUAAAUAAAAUCACCUUCGGUUGCAAGUCACACCUAUUUGUUUGUACCUUCCAAGUUUUUCUCACCCCUACUCCCCUCUCAGUUAUCCAGGGUUGCCAUAGGUCAG